UUGCAUGCUCAAUUCUGUUAGGCCGAGUUGUUUGGGUACCUAGUUGGCAUAUCGUGUAAGUGACGUUGGCUGAGCUGGAACGCCAAAUUAAUUUUCCUCCGUUUCAAUUUGCAUUGCCCGUGAUUACGGAUAAACGGAUCAAGAGGAAUUCAAGUCAAGACAGUUGAAAUCAACUUCCACAAUGAGUAACGUGCAGCCACCCCCAAAAAUAGUGCUCAAAAGCACGACCAAACUUACUCUAAAUGAUCGGUUUACCAAGAUGAUCAAGGCAGCGCCGGUAUCUCCAACAGCAAGGAAAGCUGGUGCAAGGCAAGAUACUCAAGUUUCUCAGGCCAAUCGUCGACUUGCCCAGCAGAUGCAGAAUAGACCCUCUGUUAGGGCAGCAUUAGGCAUGCAGGCACCUCAGCAGAAUCAGCCUCGGCCUCAGCAUCAGCAGCAGCAGCAGCAACAGAUGCCAAAGCAGAGUGUACAAGCCAGACUGGGUGCUGCCACCCAAGGACAGAGCAUACAGCAACGCCUGGGCAACAUGCGGGGAAGGGGCGCUGGUAUGAGAGGGAGGGGGGCUAUGAGGGGGAGGGGGGCUGGAAGGGGUGGUAUGAUGCAAAGAAAUAAUGCACAGGUGGGUAUGGAAAACAUGGGUGGUAUGGGUAUGCCCAGAGGGAGGGGUAGAGGAAGGGGCAUGAUGAUGAGCAGGGGAGGUAUGAUGGGGCCAAGGCAAGGGCUUAGGAGACCCAUGGGACGAGGGAUGAUGGCUAAGCAAGGACAGAGGGGCAUGAGGGGGGGUAGAUACAUGGUCCGGGGGCGAGGAGGGGCGAUGGCAGCAGCGGGUGGACGAGGCGGAGGGAUGGCUCGUGGAGCAGGCAGAGGGAUGACGAGAGGAGGUAUGCAGAGAGGGGGAAUGCAGAGAGGAGGGAUGACAAGAGGAGGCAUGGCGAGAGGGGGAAUGACCAGAGGAGCCAUGAGACAGCAGCGAGGACGAGGAGCCAUGACAGGAAGAGGCGCCGCGGCAGGAAGAGGUCGCCAGGCACGAGGGCGUGGCAUGAGGGCACGUGGUGGUGGUAGGGGAGCCCAGAGGGGGCGUGGUGCUGGUGCCCCUAACCCCACGAUGACCAGAGAACAGCUGGACAAUCAACUGGACGCUUACAUGUCGAAGACCAAAAACAGUCUGGAUGCUGAGCUAGAUGCAUACAUGGCUGACUCCUAGGGCCUGCUGCAUUGUUUUGUUUUUGCUUUGAAAUAUGUACUCUUUUUCUAAGUCACUAGAUGUCAAGGGGCAUAGAAGAUCUUCAAGAAAUCCUGUAUAUAGUUCUUUUUAUAUGCACUGAUUUAGGGAAGAAGAAAUCAAUAUUCUGUUACCUGUUGUGGGAUUAUGUAACAUUCAGGAUUUUUAGAAAUAUAUGUACGAUUCGAUUGGGAGUAAAAAUAUGAUUUGUUUUUAAAAGAAGAGACCCUAUUUCACUUUCCCUUUGGAGAAUUGCAGAUUUACAAUAUUAAAUGAAAGUCUCUUUAUUAUUAUAUACUCUGUUCCCAAAGCCUUCAGCUCUGUAUGUAGAUUGUAUCUUUUUAAUACAGGGCCCUUGGACAGGCCAAGGAAAAAGAAUCAUUUUCAAACUGAAAACAGAUACUAGGCUUGAACUGUACACAUUUUAUUGAUACAUGUAUUUUUUAAAGAAAAAUAGUUUUUACUUCUCGAUUAUCAACAUUAAAGAGGACAACAAAAUAAUAAUUAGAUACUUUAACUGGUCAUCAGUUUAUAGUGCCCAAGAAAGUGAUGCCUGUUUGUCAACUAAGUCCACUCAAAUGAGUUAAGAACAAGUUUGCUAAGUCUUGUUGAAUUCUGGUGCAUUUUGAAGAUGCAAUUACAUAUACUAAACAGAGUUUUUGUUUUAAGAGCCACUGCAUUGGUACAAGAAAGAAGUUGCAAGUAUUCUUUUUACAUAUGUCCUAUCCAUCUCUUCUUUUUUUAGCAAAAAAAGGCGAACUAUCUCACCACAAUCUUCCACAGCAUCUUGUAUUGAAAUUGUAAUGUUGUAUCUACUCAAUAGAAGUUUUGCUGAAAAUGUUUGAAACUGCCAUAUGAAAGGUUGAAAUCAUGUACAUCAUGUAAUGCGCAUUCAUUUGCUAUUGUAUUUGUAGACAAUAUAAAAUCUCUACAUAAGGCCCAACCUCAUUUUGGUCCGCAGUUUAUGUUAAUUGCUUUAAGUUUUGUGAGAUGAAUGAAUGCAUACCAGUAACUGUACAUAUAACUUCAAUCCCAAUCUCACCACGUAUGGCAAAUAUUUCCCUGAUUUGUCUGUAAUAUAACAUUUAAUCAUCUAAUUACACUACAAGAUUGAUAUGUUUAGAAAGUGUUAUGAAGCGAUCUCAAGCAUGUGAACGAAUUAUAGAAUAAAAAGAGACCUUGAAAUGGUAAGCUACAGUAAAACCAGGAAAACAAACAUAUUUUUCUUGUAUUCUAAGACUACACGGUUGCAGAUAAAUUCUGGAUCUUUUAGAGUUUAGGCUACCAUAAUAGCCUUUGUUAAUCAUUGCAGCUGGUAAAUAAGAAUAUUGUCAACAUGAAUGCAGUAUUCUAUUUGAGUUCAUUCAUUUCCAAACACAAAAUAAAACACUAUAUCAUGUUGACAUGUGCAGGGCAUUUUUGAUAAUCGUUUUAAACGAACUUACAAUCAAUUAAUGUACAACAUGACUUGGAUCACAAAGAACUAACGGUUACGUCAAAUUUUUCCAUAAUGUACGAGCAAUUGCAUAAUUUGAUUUUUUUUUUAAAUUACCAAACACCUGAACAAAACAAAUCAAGAAUUACCUACAUAAGUCAAAAUUUUAUAAAUGCUCUAAGGCGAACCUGUUCCAUAAUUAGAGGAAGAAGGGUAACAAAAAUCAGGGAAAUGAAUCGUAGGGGGCUAUGUUAGUAGUGUAUCCUAUAUUUUGAAAUGACAUGACAGUGUUGGGACCUCCACCCCCAAGCUUAAGAUAUUCCCUUGCCUUAUAAAUUGUGAAAUGUAUGUUAAUUUAAAAUUCCACAUCAUCCAAUUGUUUUGUAUUCCAGGUACUUGUCUUAUAAAGAGUUCCAAUUUGGAUAAAUCACAAGUGCUGUAAUCAAUCACAACUUUGCAGUCUUCUAUCUCUAAUGUACAUCGUUCAGUUGAAAUCAACUCUUUAUAAGACGGGGCCCCCAGGACUGUGUAUAUGUUAUCAUUUUCUUUGUAUUUAUUUAUGAACUUAUACAUGUCCUUUUUACAUUGUUUAGAUUGAAAAGAAUUAUGGUGUUGCUUGUUGUGUGAGUUCAUGAUUAUACCAUAGUGCUUCUUUCAGGCAUUCAUUCAGAAAUAUGUAGCAAAAAGAUUUCAUAGUACAUGGUGUAGACAACCAGCGCACAUUUUUUUAACAGUUGGAUGUAACCAUUUUUACAUUUGUUUUGAACCUCCAUUAUCAGACUUUUUGAUGCAUUUGUAUAAUGGCAUACUAGGACAAGUAUAUGCAGAGGCGUUGCUGAACGUGCCAAGUGAAUAUCUGAUCAAAUUUGGGGGGGGGGGGGGGUGUGAAUGGGGAAGAUUUUGUUAAUAAGAUUAUAUAAGCUUGCUGACAUUAGUUACAGUUUGACCACUUGCAAGUCGUAAGAUUCAAAAUCUUGCGGACAUAUGCAACACCUCUGCAUAUACUUGUUCAUUUGCAUACUUAUCAAAGUGUGAUGUACAUUGUGCUUUGUGUUUUGAUAAUAAAAUGCUAUUCAAUAAUACA